AUGUCACAGACAUCGUCGACCUCUUCGAGGCACCGUCGGUGCAAGAAGUCGCAAAUCUUACGACCCGCUAGAAACUCCCUUUGUGAUCUGCUGCGCCGGCACGCCAACACCUCUCUCUUCCGCCCACCCGUGCAGUGGACUGACAUGCACUCGCAUGUCCUCGGUGCGCACUUUCACGAACUACCACCCUGCGACACACCGUUGCCCCAGAAUAUCCCCGGUACUCCUCCAUCAAAGGGUCAUUUGCGCCCUUCCAAGACCAUUACGACACUAAGCGACGCCUUGACCGAGAUUUUGCAUCCCGAUGGCGCGUGCACAGACUCGUAUUCAAAUGCAACUAGAAAGAGUUCAAUUGCUGUCCAAACUGUAUUGUCAACACUGUGGCCGGCUGUCUUCGGGCAGUCCCUCCUCUUCCCAGAACUGCACAUAUACUUUGGCGACCGUGUUUUUACGAGUGCUGUGCACAUGCAACUCAUGUGGCUUUAUCCGGAUGACAAUGUCCAGUCAUCACAAAGCUCCUUCAGGUCAAUUUCGACCCGACCUGCCGAAUCUAAUGGUCUCAUUUCGGGCUCAGCACCCGCGGCUCAUAAUCCAAAUGGCCUUCCCAUGAUUUGUUACAUUGGAAGGGAUCAACUGGCUACGAUGCGCCGUAGCGUUUUUCGCGUUCGGCCGGGACCGGGACGAAGCCAAAAUGAACCAGUCUCCCGGAUGUACCUCCUCCGAUCCAAGGCAUUCAUGCCCGCCAAUUCGAACCACGAUGCCUAUUUGGUGGCCAUCUUCCUAGCCAUGGCACAACGACAUUUUUAUGGUGCACUUGCACCUUCGUCCUGCAGAGACUCCCGAUGGUCUCCUUGGGUUGGAAAGUCGCGCCGUCCAGCAUUUGAAGAUCUCAAGCUCAGGAUCCUCACUCACGACAGCGAUAUGGCACAUUUUAUCAUUUAUACCGGGCACAUAACAUCCAAGUUCCUGGACAGGUUUCAUGACCCUUUCGCAACUCCCACGUCUGAUGGGGAUGAGGAUGAUGAUGACGCAUCAGGUAUCAGAAUCGAGUACACCAAAGUUCCUAUCUGGCCAAUCCUUGGCUUGAAGGAGCGACUUGGCAAAGGUCUUGGCGAGGAGGUGGUGGGCCAGUUUGAUCCGUCCGAAAUGGAGACAUGGAACAUUGAUUCCGACGACGACGUACCCAGAAAUACCAAGCGCAAGCGUGAAGCUCUUGCUCAUGUGUUCCGUUUUGAGGAGGAAACGGACGACGACGAACAGGAGUCGUCCUUGAGAUCAAAGAGACAAAGAUUGCAAGAGGGACCGCCCAUAGGGGUUGGAGCCUAG